CGUCUAGCAAGAUGCUGUCUGACAAGUAUCUCAUCGUUCUGCUUUUUAUCUUGCUUACUUCUGAUGCCCUAUUGGUCUUUACAGUAAAGUCUACGGCCAACCAUGAGGACUCCACGAAACAAGAUGAUUCUCAUAGACACUUGAAUGCUCUCACUCGCAUGAGAAAGAAAGCAAGGUUGGCAAAACCUGAAGAGAAGAGACAGUUGUGGGACAACUAUAAAAACUCUCAAAUCGAUGUCAAGCAUAAAAAUCGACGUAAAUUUGUGCAUAGGAUGUGGAAUUACAGAGAGCCGAUUGAAGAAAGAGUUGAACGUCAAGUUGCUGCGGGUACAGUGAUGUAUGCUAAAGAACAUGAAGCAGGAAGAAUCGUUGGCCGUUACAUGUUUGAUCAAGCUAAAAAAGACCGUGGUAAAUCUCAAGAGAUUCAGAGGGACAUGUUAAAGCUUAAAAAUGAUUCUGGUCCGACUCACAAUCACUGAUUGCAUCUUCUCAUUCUUGAGUGUAUGUAUAUAGCGCUCUUAUCAAUCCAAUCCUACUUUCAAUGUUGACAAGACAGGGGGCAUUAAGAUAUCCGAGAAUAAGCUCUUUCCUUCCCCACCUUCAAUUACGACAUGGCUAUCAAUCAAAAAAAAAAAUCAAGCACUCUUGGCAUAUCGCAU